CCAUCCCUUUAUAUAGUCUUUUGUGAAGGGUUUGUGCUACCUCCCCGCCCCGCGCCCGGCCUACUGACAACCCUGCGCACCGCGGCCAUUCCUUGCUCCUCCCCGGCCAGGCUGAUCUACGUCGGCGAGAGCUGUGUCUUUUUGGUGCUUUUUGUACGGCCUCUCACGCACUUUCUUCGCUGGUUGGCCCAUCCGGCCAGCCACCCAGCCCAGCCUCCAGCCCAGCCUCUGCCCCCCGCCCUCGCUCCUCGCCCCCCAGCCCCACGGAAGAACGGACAGCCGCCCCCUCGGUCCCCAGCCCCCCUCAGGAAGAGACAGCCGCCUUCACGCUCCUAGAGUCCGCGCAGCCCCCGGCCCCCCCCAGCCCCGUGCGGGUGGUGGUGCGCACUAGUAGCAUGGUUGCUCCUGUCACCCCAGGGAAGUCCUCCCGCUACCUGGUGAGGAUACCGAGGACCUCACCCCUCCAGCCUACACCCACACGUACAGUCACCCGUCAUCGGGUGCUACGGGCCGGGGGGAAGCUGGGCCCUGCUGCUGCUGCUGCUGCUGCCUCACAGUCCACAAAGGUGCCCCAGCUUCAGGCACCCCACACCCCAGAACCCCCGCCCACCACCCUCACUACCACCACCACCACCACCACCACCACUCCUGGCAUCCCAUUCCGAUCCCUUGCUGGUAGUGUGCAGGGCGAGGGAAGGCAGCGCUGCAGCAGCGGCAUGAAGAGGAAGGCUUAUGAGCUGGAGCCGCAGGACGACCCGCUGAUGGAGCGCUGCCGACAGAAUGCUAUCAAUGCACGGCGGAACAGGGAGCUGAAGAAGGCACAGAUGGCAGAGCUGGAGCGGAGGGCUGAGGAGGCAGACCAGGAGCGCUGCCGGCUGGCUGAGGAGAACCGGCGGCUGAAGGAGGACAACACGCGGCUGCAGCGGGAGGUGGGCCACCUGUCAGGCGUCCUCAGGAACCAGUCUCGCCUCUCAGACAUCCUGGAGAAGCUGGCGCCUCCAGGUGGUUCAAGGUCAUCACGGCAAGUGGGCGGGGUGCACCCCUGAUCCCCUGGUGGGACAGGGGGCCCCCAGCCACACCGUGCCAGCCUCUGCCUCUGCCGAUCCCUGCUGCCUGGCCACACCGGCUCACCAAGGAGCAGCACCCCAGCCUGGCCUCAAAGGUUUGGAGUGGAGACCCAGUUUAGUGAGCACUGCCCCUCAUUCCUUCAUCACAUCACACCUGUAGUGCUUCCUCAUUCAGAACAUUUUUUUUUUCUAUCACAGUUCUUAGAGACCAUGAGCUGUCAAUAUUUCAGUAAAGUGUUCAUUAUUGUAGUUCAGGUGGUGGACUGACAUAUAUGUUUAUUGGCUAAUAUUAGUACUCUGUCUCUCAGCUGCUUGAUUUUUGGGUAGAUAUUCCUUAAUUUAUUACUUUUUUCACAGGUAACCUUCAUUAGUUAAUUUUUGCUUGAUUGCACAGGACUAGAGGUUUUCAUACUAUUGGUGUUAAGAUAAAAAAAUAUGGAAUUAUCCAAUAAUAUGCAGGUAGUUUUUCAUGGAGUUGUGAUAUCACAUAAUAUGGGCCGGAUGUAUCAGUGUACGUGAUGCUGAGGGGUUGAGAAUUCAUUCCCAGCUCACAUCAGCUUCUCAGUGAGAGUCAGUUCUUUCUAACCCUAGCAGAGCAUAUGAUCUUUAAUGUAAAAUUGGACAAACAAGCAGGUUGGAGACAAGUUAUAAUACUUGUAUUUUAUUUCUAACUUGCUGCUGUAGUCCACUGCUUUAAAAAUUUGAGGAUUGAACAUUAUAACUAGUUGGCCUGUUUCCUCCACAAUUUAGAAAUGGGCCUUUCUACACAAUGAUUUACCUCUUUUCUGUAGUUCACCAGUUUAUACGUUUAAACAUUAUUUUUUCUCUUGCUGAUGUUUUCAUGGAAUUCUCAAGCUCUGUACAAAUACAGCUACAUGUUAGAGUACUCCUGGAUACAAUAGUCUUACAAUUUUAGUGAACUUGAAAAGUGACUUUUUUUAAUAAAAAAAAUCUUUACAGGUGGUUCAAAAUUAAUAAAUUCAUGUAAGGAAGAAAUUUCAGUGUAAUAUUUAAUCAGAUUUGGUAUGAAAUAGAAAAUGGUAUAAAUGUUUUGAAUUCUACUCUCAGUAAUCAAUUUGAACUUCACUCCUAAUCCAUUAGUCAAACUGUUCAGAGAGGAUAUUACGUGACAGUCAUUACAGGUGAGGUACGGAGACUGGAAGUACAAUUAAGGCCAGUUUCUAGGAUCUGUGGGAGACUGGCUGCCCUGUACAGGUGUCCAACAGUGACUAACUUUUAAUAACAGCUGAGAAUAAACCCAGUGAAUAGACUGGGUGAGUCAGUCUCUUAUCCCUACUUGAAUUCUGAAUGAGGUUAAGUGCAUCAUUUCAUCUUGUCAUGCCACUCAUCAAAAUAUCAUGCACUAGAGGUGUUUAAUUAUAUCCUAUGUACAGGCUCUCUCCAUUUGCACUAGGAUGUUAAUUUGUUAGGUACCAGUUCCUUUUUUCCCCAUUCACUUUUGAAUGCAUAAAGUUCUUGUUAGGAUGUUUGUCAAUUUACAUGCACCAUUCCUAUUGGUGCCAUGUUAGGAAAGGCACUCUGGAAAACUGAGUAAAAGGAUGAAGAUAAAGCAUCAUAAUAAAGACUGAUAAUGAUAAAGCACUCCAGAUUUUGACAGCAGGUUAUCGAACCUAACUAAUUUUUUCAGAACUAUUUGGAAUAGUGCAUACAUAUUGGCAAAGGCACCCUACCAGGAAUUGCAAUACAUUGCAGGAACAGUACUUCAUGAUAUAGCAUGCACUUCACAUGGAGACACUCCUUUCGUUCUGCAUGGUAAGACAUUGUAAUGACAAGACAAUUACCAUUCCAAUUUGUACUUCAUGUUUGGAAGACUGUAGUGCCACUGCCACACUGAGGUGCCAGUGAUGCAAGCUGGGCUGACAUUCAGCGAGACAGCCUUUGUCACGUGUAUUGAUGAACUGACGUUGGAGGAUGACUCUUCAUGUAAAGGUUUAGUCUGAAGAGAUAUAGGUAUUAGUAAAAGCAUAAAUUACCAGACUUUGUAAGGUUUGAGCCUGUCGUGGGAUUGAGUUAAGCUGGGUCUCGUGCUUGGAUGGUAGCUUCCUUCCCCUUAUCGUAUGCCAAAUAAGUAUUUUUGUAAAAAAUAUUAAUAGAAUUAAGAAUAAAGAAAUGCUUUUUUUUA